UCCUUGUGCCCUAACUGUGUGGGUCCUUGGCGUGGAUGCUGUGGCAAAGCCAUGCAUUUCACAGUUAAUCCCAGCGAAGAGACACGGAAUGCUCUGCGGAUAAAAGGCUUGUAGUCCCAGCUGGGGAAAGAGUUCCAUUAUCUCCCAGCUGCAUAGACAUUCUGCACGGUUUGCUUUUGCCUGGAUGAGCAGUGUGGCUUUCUGAGAGCGUGUAACAGUUUGGCGGAAAACUGUAAGGAUCCUGAGACGUUUGGCUGUUAAGAUCUGCUAUAAAGUAGUGUCAGGAAGAUCUACGUGGUUUCUCUGAUGAUUGGAUGGGAGGAAUUCUUGACCUUGGAAAGUGGAGAUGAUGUUGCUAUGGAAACUCGUAUUUCUGCUACCACUCAUGAGCUGUUUUACAGAUGAAGAAACUCUGCAUGGACCCAUUUUCAUUCAGGAACCAUUUGAUGUCACUUACUCAAUGAAUUCUGAAGAUCCAGAAGUCCUUCUGAACUGUACAGCUAGUGGCCGUCCCUCACCAUACUACAGGUGGAAGCAAAAUGGCACCGAUAUUGAUCUCACCAUGAGUUAUCACUACAGGCUGGUGGGAGGCAGUCUGGCAAUCAAUAAUCCACAUAAAAAACAGGAUAUUGGGACAUACCAGUGUUUCGUCACAAAUUUGUUUGGAACAAUUCUGAGCAGGAAAGCAAAACUUCAGUUUGCAUAUCUUGAAAACUUUGAAACCAAAGCAAGAAACACCGUAUCUGUCAGAGAAGGACAAGGAGUCGUUCUACUCUGUGGUCCUCCACCACACCAUGGAGAUUUAUCCUAUGCUUGGAUUUUCAAUGAUAAUCCCUUAUAUGUUCAGGAGGACAGUCGCCGAUUUGUAUCUCAAGAGACAGGAAAUCUAUACAUCGCCAAAGUGGAACCUUCUGAUGUGGGCAACUACACAUGUGUUGUAACAAACACAGAAGCAAAACAAAGUGUGCAGGGCCCACCCACGCCACUUGUGCUCCGGAGUGAUGGUGUAAUGGGGGAGUAUGAGCCAAAGAUUGAAGUGCGUUUUCCAGAAACAACACAGGCAGCAAAAGGCUCGUCAGUUAAACUGGAAUGUUUUGCCCUUGGAAAUCCUGUUCCCAGCAUCAGCUGGAGGAGAUCUGACGGCAGCCCAUUGGCUAGAAAAAUCAACACAUCCAAAGGAAUCCUUGAAAUCCCAGAUUUUCAGCAAGAAGAUGAAGCUUGUUAUGAAUGUAUUGCAGGAAACGUUCGGGGAAAGAAUGUGGCAAGAGGCCAACUGUUUAUAUAUGCAUUCCCUGAGUGGAAUAAAAGCAUUGAGAAUACCCAUCUCUCAAUCUAUGACACCUUGGUUUGGGAAUGUAAAGCAACUGGGAAGCCAACACCUUCAUAUAGUUGGUUUAAAAACGGCCAGCCGCUCACCUCAGAGGAAAGAAUUCAAAUUGAAAAUGGCACUCUUACUAUAACUAUGCUGAAUAUUUCGGACUCUGGCCUCUAUCAGUGUGUUGCAGAAAACAAAUAUGAAUCUAUUUAUUCCAAUGCUGAGUUAAGAGUAAUAGCUUCAGCUCCUAAUUUUUCCAAACAUCCUAUGAAAAAAAUGUCAGUUGUCCACGUGGGAGGUGAAGUCAUUAUUGGAUGUAAACCGGAGGCUUCGCCCAAGGCAGUUAUUAGCUGGAAAAAACGCUCUGAGACUCUACGGCCAAGUAAAAGAAUCUUUAUCCUAGAGGACGGCAGCCUGAAGAUAUAUAAUGUUACCAAAUCAGAUGCAGGUGUAUACACUUGCAUAGCAAUGAAUCAAUUUGGAGUUGCUAGGAAUACAGGGAACCUGAUUGUGAAAGAAAGAACUGUCAUUACUACUCCACCUUCCAAUAUGGAUGUUACAGUUGGAGAAAGUAUUGUCCUGCCCUGUCAAGUAUCCAAAGAUCCAUCAAUUGAGGCUGGUUUCUCAUGGUCAUUUAAUGGAGAUACUAUAGAUUUUAAAAGAAGAAUGACUCAUUUUGAAAGAGCUGGAGGUCAAGAAUCUGUAGGGGACCUUAUGAUAAGAAAUAUUCAGCUAAAUCAUUCUGGGAAAUACACAUGCACUGUGCAAACAGCUAUGGACAUGCUAUCUGAAACAGCAGAAAUAAUUGUAAGGGGCACUCCAGGUCCACCCAAAGAUGUCAGUAUUGAACAUGUUUCGAGUACAACUGCAGUGCUAACCUGGAGACCAGGAAUAGAUAAUAACAGUCCAGUCCAGAUAUACACUGUUCAAACAAGGACUCCCUUUUCGGUUGGAUGGCAGGCUGUUUCAACAGUUCCUGAAGUUAUUAAUGGACGGACCCACACAGCAACAGUGGUUGAUCUAAAUCCUUGGGUUGAAUAUGAAUUUCGAGUUGUGGCUGGAAACACUGUUGGCAUCGGAGAGCCAAGCACACCAUCCGAGCUACUAAGAACUAAAGCAUCAAUUCCCACAGUGGCACCAGCAAAUGUGAGUGGAGGUGGAGGAAGCCGGUCUGAACUUGUCAUCACAUGGGAGUCAAUUCCUGAAGAACUACAAAAUGGGGAAGGUUUUGGAUACAUCAUUAUGUUCCGGCCUCUUGGCUCAAAGAGCUGGACAAAAGCAGUGGUUACCUCAGUGGAGGCAUCAAGAUACAUCUAUAGAAAUGAAAGCAUCACGCCAUUAUUCCCUUUUGAAGUGAAAGUGGGUGUCUUCAAUCAUGAAGGAAUAGGCACCCUAAGCCCAAUAUAUAUUGUCUAUUCUGGAGAAGAUGGGCCACAGAUAGCACCAACUGGAACUUCAGCACAAAGCUUCUCAGCCUCCAACAUGGAAGUCUCUUGGAAUCCUGUUGCAUGGAACAGACAUACUGGAAGAGUUCUUGGCUAUGAGAUCUUAUACUGGAUGGAUGAUUCGAAGGAUUCUACAACUGGCAAAGUCAGAGUCAAUGGCAACAUUGCCGCAAAAAACAUUACCAGCCUCAGGGCCAAUACAAUGUAUUUUGCCACAGUGAGAGCUUACAACACAGCUGGGACUGGACCAUCAAGUGUCCCAGUUAAUGUCACUACGAAAAAAUCACCACCAAGCCAACGGCCAGCAAACAUUGCCUGGAAAUUGACCAAUUCAAAGAUAUGCUUGAACUGGGAACAUGUGAAAACAAUGGAAAAUGAGUCUGAGGUGCUAGGCUACAAAAUUUUGUAUAGGCAAAAUCGACAAAGCACCAAGCAUAUACUGGAGACAAACAAUACAUCCGCUGAGCUGCUGGUACCUUUCGAAGAAGAUUAUCUCAUAGAAAUAAGAACUGUGAGUGAUGGUGGGGAAGGUAGCAGCAGUGAGGAAAUUAGGAUUCCAACCAUGUCAAGCUUAAGCUCCAAAGGGACACACACCUGCCACUUUGUAGUUUACAUAAUGGCAACUAAAUUUCUGAUUCUGAUUUAUAUUCUCAAUUCCUCUGGGUUUUUGAUUGAACGGAGCCAACAAGCAGCCCCUGGACCUUUUAAAACCAAGCAGCCAUAGUUGUUGGGAGAUUUCCCCCAGCCCACUUGAAAUGCAGUUACAUCUGU